AUGACAGGAUCAGAUGACGGAGCGGCUGAGGCGGGCUGUGGGCCGCGUUCAGACAGUGCGGAGGAGCAGGCGGGUCAGACGGUCCGGAUCGUCAUCCAGACAGAGGAGUCUCCCAGGCUGAUCCUGGAGCGCUGCAGACACACCAAGGGCUGCUGGGACCACAGAACAUCUCGCAGUAAGUACCGAGCUCCAGGUUCUGGUUCUGAAGCCUCUGGCUGUCCAAACCAGAACCCAGGCAGAACCUGGACCCGCUUCAGACCCGGUUCUGUCCGGUUUGGUUCUGAGGCCUUAAAGCUGAGGAGCCGUCUGGGACGGGAACCCACCCGGCAGCCGGUUCCGCUGCUGGAGACGGAGAACAAGGAGAAGGUUCUGGAUCUGAGACCCAAAGCUGAUCGUUUAGCGAUCGUACUCUGUGUUCCCCGCAGGUGGAUCCGGGAACCGUCCCAGCGGAACCAACCUCUGAUCAUGGAGGAAAUGCAAACACAGAGCGUGGGUGCGUGCUGGUUGGUGAACACACCUAGUUUCACCUUUAAAACGCGUUCUAAGUUGCUCUUUCUGGUCACCACAGUUUCAUGUGGCACAGAGGUCAAGGAAAAUCACGUCUGCUCCAGAGAGGGGUCUACAACUGUAGCCGGUCAGCGGCUCGGUGGAGGGACCAGGCGAGGGAGGAAACGGCCCUUAGUGGAGGGUAACAAUGGCCGACCCCCCCACAGCUACUGGCCCAAGAAGAAUAAGAGAGUCUCAGAGACCGUUGCGCCCAAGAACGCCCUGAUGCAGCUGAAUGAGAUGAAGCCGGGGCUUCAGUACCAGCUGCUCUCUCAGUCCGGGCCAGUCCAUGCGCCGGUGUUUGUGAUGAGCGUGGAGGUCAAUGGGCAGCUCUUCAACGGCUCCGGCCCGACUAAGAAGAAGGCCAAGCUGAACGCUGCAGAGAAGGCCCUGCGUUCCUUCGUCAGGAUCCCCAAUGCACCCAAAGCCCAGGUGUCCAGGGUUCGGACUCAGGCCCUUCAACCAGACUUUACCUCAGACCUAGAGGGCGUUCCUGAUGUGCUCUUCAAUGCCUUUGAGACCUCCAGGGCUUUAGACAGUCCAUCUUACCCGGCCUUUGACCGUAGCAGUUCCUUCAAAUCUCAGCCAGCGCUAUCCCCCCCUACCUCAAACCUACCCCAGCGUCCCAACCCCCCCACGCCACCUGCCCUCAGCUCUGCCACAAGUAGCAAGAACCCUGUGAUGACUCUGAACGAGCUGAGGCCAGGACUCAAAUAUGACUUUGUGUCAGAGAGCGGAGAGAGCCAUUCCAAGAACUUUGUCAUGUUGGUGAGAGUGGACGGUCAGAAGUUCCAGGGUUCUGGGCGCAACAAGAGGCUGGCCAAGGCGCGGGCCGCCCAGGCAGCUCUGUCCUCUCUCUUCCACCUCCAGCUGGAAGAGGCGCCGUCCAGACGGCCCAUACCGAGAGACGGACUGCAGCUUCAUCUACCACAGGUUCUGGCCGACGCCGUCUCUCGUUUGGUUAUGGAAAAGUUCGGCCAACUCACCAACAACUUCUCCUCUCCGCAUGCUCAAAGAAAAGUUUUGGCGGGUGUCGUCAUGACAACAGGAAGUGAUGUGAAGGAGGUACAGGUGGUCUGUGUUACCACGGGAACAAAGUGUAUCAACGGCGAAUACAUGAGUGAGGGCGGACUAGCCCUGAAUGACUGCCAUGCUGAGAUUCUAGCUCGCCGCUCCCUCAUCAGGUUCCUGUACUCUCAGCUGGAGCUCUUCCUCAGCACCAAUGAGGAGGAACAGCACAGCUCCAUCUUCACCCGCUGUGAAGACAGACGAGGCUUCAGGCUGAAAGAACAGGUCCAGUUCCACCUGUACAUCAGCUCCUCCCCCUGUGGAGACGCCCGCAUCUUUUCACCUCACGAAACUGCAGCUGAGGAUCCGAGCGACGGACUCCCUAAUAGGAAGGCCCGUGGGCGGCUGAGGACCAAGAUCCAGUCCGGUGAAGGAACCGUCCCUGUGGGCUGUGGUAGUACCGCUCAGACAUGGGAGGGCGUCCUGCAGGGUGAGAGGCUGCUCACCAUGUCCUGCAGUGAUAAGAUGGCCAGGUGGAACGUGGUCGGACUCCAAGGCUCUUUGCUGACCUACUUCACGGAGCCCGUCUACUUCUCCAGCAUCAUCCUGGGCAGCCUGUACCACGCCGACCACCUGUCCAGAGCCAUGUACCAGAGGCUGGCUCAGAUAGAGCGUCUACCACCAUCCUUCACCCUGAACAGGCCUCUGCUCAGCGGAAUUAGCAACACAGAGGCUCGUCAGCCCGGAAAGGCACCGAGCUUCAGUGUGAACUGGACUGUUGGAGACCAAGGUCUGGAGGUGAUUAACGGCAACACGGGGAAGGACGACGGAGGUGGACCUUCCAGACUCUGCAAGAAAGCUCUAUAUGUCCGCUGGAUGGACUUACACAGCAAGCUGAGCUCCACCCUGCGCAUCCAAACGCUGAAGCCUGGGAGCUACCAUGAGGCCAAGCAGGUGGCGGUGGAGUACCAUGAGGCUAAGCAGACCCUCUUCAGAGCCUUCCACAAGGCCGGACUGGGAUCCUGGGUCAGCAAACCAGUAGAGCAGGACCAGUUUUCCCUCAGUAACCAAUCAGGAGCUGGUCCUCAAUCUUUCCCUGGUGAUUGGUUAUAGACCGGAUACUUCACUGUUCACUGUUUUCCAUAGAAGAUAGAGGCAACAAAUCCAUCUGAUCGACAUUUAGGGGCUCGGUUCUCCGCCUUGGAUGUUCAGAUUCAUGUACGCCUCCUCAGCUUGAUCGCCUUAUUAUCAUUCACGCCCCUCCUAGAUGCAUAAUAGAGAUAGAAUGAAGCAGAAUGAGGAAAAAGGGGUCCCUAUGUCCUCCAGCAGUCUAAGCCUAAAGCAGCAGAACUAUAGAGAUAGAAUGAAGCAGAAUGAGGAAAAGGGGUCCCUAUGUCCUCCAGCAGUCUAAGCCUAAAGCAGCAGAACUAUAGAAAUAGUUCAGGAUCUAUAUCAACAUAUCUCUCUGUAUCUCCCCCCAUAUAUAUCUAUAUACAUAGAUAUUCAUCUGUCGCAUCCUCUCUCUCUGUAUAUAUAUAUAUACACAUAGGGAAUAAAUAAAAUAUUAUUUUGAACCAUAUGAUUACUUA